AUGCUGCAGUGCUACGCUGGGGAGGCGCGACGGUUCACUCUCACACGCACGCUCGAUAUCCACACCGGCAGCGCCAGCUGGCUUCCGCGCGACAAGAUCCACGUUUCUGGAUGGACUCGCUACAUCAAGGGCAAGGCUGUCGCACGCAGCUUGAACGGGCGGAAGGCGGCCCGCCUGCUGUACGCCUCCAUGUACACCGGUGCGCAGGACGUCUUCCUGAAGUUGCAGAAGGCUCGCAAUGUACACAACCGUCUGCUCGAUCAGCGCCCCGAGCCCGACGCGCGCUUCUUCAACGCCGCCCUCGACGCUUUCGCGAGGCCUAGGGACAAGGGGCGACCUGUGGUCUCGUGGGCGAGCAAGCCCUUGUCGGUCUUCGCUGCGCGCUGCCAGCUGCGUUCAGCCAUGCAGAAGUACGACCAGCUACAGAAGCGUCCCGCCUGUAGUAGGGAGCUUUGGCGGGUGAUGGCGGAUAUGCAGAAGGCGGGAUACGCGAUCCCGGUCGCACUGCGCCCAUUGCUUGUCGGGCGCAUGCCGGUGGAGAGGAUCAGUUGGGAAGGGAUAGCGAGAGUGGACAGGGCACCGUAUGCGUUCCCUAGGGGGAGGUCGUGCAAGCGCCGGACUCAUCGUAUCCCGGUGUCGAAGACGAAAGGGUUACCGCUCAGCCGGAUGCGAGUCGGCCGUAGAAUGCGGCAGAGGGGGGACACACAGCGUUCGUGA